CCACUCGUGCGCAUUCAGACACAGUCAUCAGUGACCCCAACCCUUCUUGUAAUUGAAGACUGAGAUUGCCCGAAGAAAAUGUGUCCAGCUGCAAUACAUUUAAAGACUGUAGAAGUUGACCGAAGGAAACGCGUCGAUGUACAUGGCCGUAACCGCAGUUUGAGUUGGAACUGAGGGAAACGCGUCGAUAUACAUGACCGUAACAGCAGUCUGAACUGGAACUGAGGGAAACACCAAGAGGCAGUCCUGACGUUGUGGCAUCAGUCGCGUGUAUCUAAAGCUAGCAACACAAGCGAGUGUCUGUAUGAAUUCUAUCUCUUUGAGUGAAUAGAGGACUGGAGUCACCAGAUCUAUGUAUUACAGGGGCGCAACUUCCAACGUAUAAUCACCUGCUAUUUAAUAUGCGGAUAUCAGCCAUGCACGUGACAACACCCAGUGUAAUGUUCCUACUGUGUGUCGCUAGCAUCACAAGUCAGCCUAGGUUACAGGGUUUGAAAAAUGACUUUCUAGUUAAAAAUUUGACAAAAUUCCAGUUGACGGAGAAAAUCAAGCAGCAGAUUCUGAUCCAUCUAGGUAUGAACACUCGUCCCACGUCGGCCCCCGGCGACAAAGACAGGAUCUAUCAAAUGUACAAUGUGACGGGGACAAAGGCAGAAGUUAAUGAGAUAAUCAGCUUUUCUGAGCCCCCUGACAAGUUUGAAGAUGAGAAAAUUAUUCAGUUUCGUUUUGCAAAAGGAACCAAAGGCAAGCGACUGGUUGUGAAAAGUGCCAAUCUGCUGAUUAGAGUCAAGAACAAGCAACGCGAGGGGAUGAAGACCAGAAAAGACGGUAAUUUGAGGCUUAAAACAAAACGCUUCAAGUUACGUAAACGGAGGCGGGGAACCAAGGUUUCCUUGUCGGUUUCCACUGUGACUCCUGAUGGACAUCCUGAAACAAACAUCGCAGCAGUCAAAUCAAGGAUAAAGAAAAACAAAUGGUUCAAAGUAAGUCUUAAUCGGACUAUAAUGCAGACGUUAGUGGACUCGUCUAACGGUACUGUGCUCCUGCACGUCCAAUGCCAAGGGUGUAAGAGAAAUACGCAAGUAGUGUUGGUUCACCCAAGACGGCGCAGGAAACGACAGUUAAAACGACAAAGAGCCAGAGCCAGAGCUAGAACAAGAGCAAGAACUAGAAGUACCAGAGUACCUAAACUAAACAAGGGUCGUCCCUUCUUGAUACUGCACACAUUGGUGGAGGCGAACAGCAGAAGAAAGAGGAGCAUUAACUUUCAAUGUUCUCGGUGCUGCAAAAGAGAGUUAUACAUCAAUUUCACAGAAAUAGGAUGGGGUGAUUGGAUUAUCUCCCCUCCCGGGUUCACAACCGGAGAAUGUGUCGGUGCAUGUACAAAUCAGAAUGUUUAUGGACCAGAAAAUACAAUGUUAUGUGUUUCUACGCACAGGCGCGCUUUGAGACUAAUAUAUCGGGAAACAGUGGGAGUGUUUAUGAGCAGCGUCCUGCCAAACUUCAUAGUUUCUCAAUGUGGUUGUGAAACAGGUCAUCACGUGGGACCUGAAGCCCCCGACAGGGCCACCUAGUGGAGACUGAACUUACAGACACCGAUUAUUUAUACAGAUCAGAGACAUAUAUGGAUAGAUCAUCUGGAAAAUGUUGAUCUUUCUUUUAUUACAACUAGAAGCCAUUCCUGAUAGCACUAUUAAAUAAUUGUAUGAAUGUAGCUAAUAUUAUAAACGAUGUAAAUAUGAUAUCGGUCGAUGACACAGGUAGGAAAUCGCCACAGGGUCUGACGAGCGCGAUUGGUAGACACAUGAAGAUUUUAACUACCACGUUUGCGACAUACUUUAGCUUAGCCAACUGACCACUAUGUGUUUAAUAGUUAUGUUAAUCAGUAUUGCUUGUAAUUUAAGUAAAUGUAACUUUUUCAGCAAUCUUUUCUGAGUGCAAAUGUUGAUAAUUAUCUAUGGAAUCUUAGAAGGUACACUGUCGCACCCGUGAUAUCGCAUUGUGACGUUGUCCUGACAAAAACAAGCAAAAAGUGUCAAAAUAUACCAAAGCGCGACAUUUUGACCUAUUGUGGCUUUGUCGCAUUACUGCACUUUGAAUAUUAUUUUCGGUUCUUACCAAAGGAAGUCAAUUCGACAAUCCUAAAAUUUGCAAUGUCAAAAUAUGCCCCGUUGUCGCACUCAUCUAAAAGGUUGAAAUGCGCGACAAGGCGACAGUGAUACAUAAUGAUAAUGUCACGUUCUCGCCCUUUUCCAUUAAUGGUACGCAAGCACAAAAAUGUCAAACACUUUUUCAAACUGGAGUGGUGUGUUUAGUUCAACAUGAUACUAAAACAACAGUAACACUGCCAAUACGAUUCCUUAUCUCAAAAGGAAAACAAAGCUUUGCUCGUUUCUUGGGAAAUUAUUCCAUAUAUCUUAUUGUCUGUAUAAUUUUCAUGAACCAACGUGUUUUGACAGCAAUAAACACGUGUAUUUCAAUUUCAUUUAAUUAUCACGCUCAUAUUAAUUACUGCUUAUUUUCAAAAUUUUAACAAAGCAAGAUCAAUAAUUCUACAUCAGGGCAAAGGGCUCAAACUCAGUCACGACAGUUAUAAGUAUACAUAUAUGCAGUGCCAGAUGUGGUUCAAAGCUCUCUCAAUGUAUUUUCGUCAAAAGGAUAUCAUGAGUGAAAGAGUAUUAUUUAACGCUGCUUUUAACAGUAUUUCAGUUAUUUCACGGCGUGUCAGUUUGAUGUGAAAGGAAAGCUUUAAGUGAUGUUGGUCUUACAGUCAACCCCUUUGGGGAAAUCCCUAAACAUGGAUGUCGUUCUCACAUAUUCAGGAGGCAUUUAGGGGAUUUGAGCCAACGAUCAUUGGGGAUGCAACUCUACACAGCGAAUUGCGCCACCUAAGUAAACUGGCCGAGCACUGCCCCUUCAUUGCUUUAAAAAAGUUGUUGGGACUACAAAAAAACACUGGAGUUUGAAAAUAAGUAUAACCGUUUUUAGAAAGUGGAAAACGGCAACAACAUAUGUCAUUAUGCCGCAUGCAAUUUUACACAUUUCUUACACAUUUUAGAUGGGGUGAUAAUGCAACAAAGCGACAAGGCGAUAACACUCAUAUGUUUACUUGCAAAAUGUCGCCUUGUUGUAUUUUCGCUCUUGAGUAAAGGUGAACAAUAUUGAAAAUGUGGCAGUGCAACAAUACGACAAUUAUCUUGCAGUGGUUACUUUUGAUACUUUUUGCUUGUUUUUGUAAGGGUUACAACUCGACAAUGUCCUGUCUACUUUUCAAUAAUUAUCCCAUGCGCGAGACAGGAUGUCAACAUCUGCAUGGGAACAAUAAAAUAUAAUCCUUACAAUAUUAUGCAAAAUUGGAAUUGUCCUCAUGUAUAUUUAAGAAAUGUCGUUUUUCCAAUGAUCAUUUCUGAAAACCAUAGACCCAGUUUAGAACUUAAGGCUGAAAACAAAGAAAAUGUUUUUUUCUGGGCACCGGCGUUUCACUUUAAAUCGCCCGGGUCCUUUUAAUUUCCAAUAAAAGCAUAUUUCCGCGUCAUAUGACA